AUGAAGCACGUCCAUCGCUUCAAGGCCCGUGUUCUCAAGCGAUCAGACUUGCCUAGUGGCUCCGCGCUUGAGACCCAGAGCCAGUCUGCUUCGGUUGCUUUACCGGGAUCAGCGGAACACCCCGCAGAAAAGAAUGGUCUGUUCAAAUUGGCCGAAAGCAAACCAGCGUCGGAUCUGUCUGGAACCACCAGUUUUCCAGUUGACAUUGUUGCAGUCCAUGGCCUUAACGGGGAUGCCUUCUCAACAUGGACCCAUAAACCAACCGGCAUUCUGUGGCUUCGGGAUCUUCUUCCUAGUCAUUUACCUGGAUGUCGCGUUUACACUUAUGGCUACCCAUCCAAGAUAUUCUCUCAGUCGUCGGAACGUGUUCAGGAGUAUGCCCUGAACCUUCUAAUCUUGCUGAGGGACAUCCGCGGGGAUUCGGAAAAUGCAAAACGCUCUGUCGUCUUCAUAUGCCACAGUCUCGGUGGUAUUGUCUUUAAACAGGCACUUGUGACUGCUCAUCAAGAUAACCACUUAUAUGGUGAGGUGUUGAACUCAAUCAUAGGUGUCGUGUUUCUAGGGACUCCCCACCGUGGCAGCACUGCUGCAAAUCUUGGCAGCGUUUGCGGUGCAAUUGUCAACACGUUUUGGUCUACCGCGUCUGCCGGAGUUGGACCUCGAACAGUGAGGACGGAUCUCCUAAACAAUUUGAUCUACGACUCAGAUGCGCUUCAAGACUUGGCCAUGUCGGCACGUGUUCGUCUCGGAAGCAUCUCUGUAGUUUCGUGUUUCGAGACCGAGCCAACCCCUCCGCUGUCUUCUUUAAUCGUGAGCCGAGCAUCUGCCACACUAUCACUCCCUAAUGAGGAACCUAUUCCCAUGUCCGAGGAUCAUAAGACAAUCUGUCGGUUCUCUGGCGAAACAGAAAGCUAUCUCAAGAUAGCAAGAGCCAUUCGAAGAAUUGUCUUGCAGUCAUCGAAUAGUAGUCCGGCACUCAAGCGUGUUAGCACCCAUUCGUCUACUCUUGUUCUCAGUGACUUGGAAAGAACUUGUAUGACUCUUCUCAACGACCAUGAUGUCACAAAAGACGUGGAACCGCCCCCCAAACCAGUGCCCGGGACAUGCCAGUGGAUUCGCGGCCAUCAGUUGUUCAUCGCAUGGCUUGAAAAGAGCAGCAAUGCUCUCCUCUGGCUAACAGGACAUCCAGGCUGCGGAAAGACGAUGCUGUCUUACUCAUUGGCCCAAUAUUUUGAGGAUGCCCGUACCAAGUCCCGCAACGUUCUGAUCUACUUGUGCCAAAAUAAGAAUAAGCAGACAGACGGCAGAGCAGUGCUUAUUGGUCUUAUUCUCCAAAUUAUUGAUCGCCAUCGCUCACUAAUUCGUCAUAUCCGUGCCGCCUUCGAGAAGCAAGGGUCAAGUAUCGUUCAAUCUUUCGCCUCGCUCUGGCGCAUCUUUCUGAAAGUAACCACGGAUCCAAAAAUAGGGCCCAUCUAUGUUAUUCUGGAUGCCCUGGACGAAUGCGAGAAGGUUUCGUGUCACCAGCUGCUCAUCUCGAUAGCUGAAAUGCUCGCCGAACCACCUCAGUCGAUUAAGGGCGAUAGUCAUAUCAAGUUUCUCAUUACCAGCCGUCCAUUUCUUUAUCAAUCUUAUGCGAACAGCCAGAAGGCCCUCCAGUCUCAGAUCUCAAUUGAUGACGGCCAAACAGGCUACACCGAGGACCUCCAGACUUUUAUACAGCAGCGCAUCCAUGAGAUCUCUCUCAACAGACAAUUCUCAAGUGAGAUCAAGGACUUUUUAUGCCAAGCCAUAACUUCCAAAGCUGAUAGAACGUUUCUGUGGAUUCAUAUGGUUCUCGCUUCAAUCGAGAAGAGUCUUCUUACUUCAAGAAAAGAGUUCCAGAAGAUCAUUGCAGGUAUUCCAGAGGGCCUCGCCGAGAUAUACCAUCGAUAUAUUUCUGCUAUUCCUGAGGAUCAUGUAGAGGAUGCGUCGAAACUACUCAACCUCCUGUUGGCAUGCUCAAGACCUCUAUCCCUUAACGAGCUCAACAUCGCUUUUACAAUGGAACCUCAACAUACUACUGCUGAGGACAUCAUGCAGGAUACCCAUAACUCCAUCGCUCAUACUGUGCAGGGCAUCUUAGGUUCACUGGCCAGAGUUACUGGACAACAAGUUUCUUUAGUUCACCAAUCGUUGAAGGAAUUUCUCCUAGAUCAGGACCCUGAGAAAGCGAAAGACUCUUCUACUAUCCGUCUCAUAAACGCCCAAAAAUCCGCUCUCCAGUUGGCAACUGUUUGUAUACAAUACCUUCUUCUUGAUGAUUUCGCGAUUAACUUCUUUCCGACACGCGACUCGCCAACUACCGCUGUUGCAGAAGACACGGAUUUUUUGGUUGAAUUGCCGAUGGGGGAUUUCAAAGGGGACUUUUGGGAACAAGGAGAUCUCGAUCUCGAAUCUGACGUGCUAUUUCGGGAGCCAGAUGCACAGCAUCCCAAUAUCUGCGACUCUGUGGUCUCAGACUACCCUUUCUACACAUACGCGUGUCUACAUUGGGCAGAGCACUUCUCUAUGUGCGAAGAGAGUGCGCCUGAUGACCUCCAAGAUGCUGCCAAGUCACUUCUAGACAACAACACAGCGAAUUGCCGAAAUUGGCUAAGCUUCUACGGCGUGCGAGCUUCAACAUUGAUAGAAAGCGACCUCGCUGAUUUGGAUCCUCUUAUUGUCGCAUCGCAAUUCAAUUUAGCCUUUACUGGGUAUCACGACUUGGCCAUCAUCCGCAUUGUGCCUUCUCUUCUUGCUGCUGGCGCCGAUCCUAAUGCUAGGCUUAUUGAAGGGCAGACAGCGCUUACAGUUGCGUCUGAGCAUGGUAGAAUAUCAUGCGUUAAGGCUUUACUAGUAGACAUUCGAACCAACGUAAACGAGCCAGGGAGGGCAGGGAGGACUGCUCUGUCGUUUGCAUGUGGGGUCGGGCAUGACGGUAUCGUCAAGGAACUUCUGAAACAAAGGCUCUGCAACGCUGGUCAGCCUGACAACGCUGGAGCCACAUCUUUCUUCUGGGCUGUUGGUGGAGGCCACCACUCGAUCAUGUCAACUCUAGCAAGGCUUCACAGUAUUAACAUCAACCACAUGGACAAGACUGGGCGCACAGCAGUAUCAUGGGCUGCUGGGGAUGAUAUGGCUGACACGCUGAUCAGACUGCUGAAGCUUCCUGGUAUCAAUAUCAAUGCCAAAGACAACAAGGGGAGAUCUCCUCUCUCAUGGGCAGCAGGCAAUGGCUGUGUUGGGGUUAUUGAGGUCCUUCUGGCGCACCCAAAACUCGACAAGGCGAGCAUCGAUAACGACAAGCGAAACGCGAUAUCUUGGGCAAGUGCCCGCGGCCACUAUGAAGUUCUUGUUAAGCUACUCAAAGCAGGCUGUCCAGGAGUUGACGCCGAAGACAUCGAUGCUUGGACGCCGCUGGCAUGGGCUAUUCAAACCGAUUCACCCGAUACAGUCCAAGCUCUUGUCAGCGAUGGAAAAGUUCAACUUGAACGACCUGAUGGCGGUGGAAGAACUGCGUUGUCAUGGGCUGUGGAGUAUGGGCAUGUAGAGGUUGUCAAGGUACUCCUACGGGCAGGUGCGGACCCUUGUACGAAAGAUGUGAGGGGGAAAACCCCAUCGAUGAUUGCCAAAGAAUUUGUGAGAGAUAAUAUUUUGAGGGAGCUUGAGGCAUAUGGAGCGUAUUGA